CUGAAUCUGUUCUUUUUUUCUAGUUUUUGUGGCACAUCGCAUGUCAUAGCCGUUUAACUCGAAAUUUUUUUCUUUCUUUUUUCGUUUUGGCCCCUUCAAUUCCGACGAUUCUCUGCUGCUUUUCUCCGAAUCCCGCUCAUUUCAAGGAGGGGAACGGGGGACUGUGGUUUGACCGUAGCGGGUGGUUGCGGGUAAUUUGCGCCAAUGGAACUGGGUAGGACGUCACAAGUACGAAAAACGUCACAGCAAACCAGGCGACGGCAGACUUUCCAAGAGGGGUGGGCUUGUUGCUAUGUCCAGGUGUUUGUAUGUACGGGUGUUUGUAUGUACGGAUGUAUGGAUGUCCGGAUGUAUGCGCAGCACAGGAGGAUACCCAUAGUUGUCGGUGAUCAGAUACUCAACAAGCAACAGGCAAUUAACCCCAAAGUGUUCAAUUGCACACAUAAUGCGUGUGUAUGACGCAUGUACAACAACAUACACGAGAAAAUAGUGGAAA